AAGCGUCAAAACUACCAUGGCAUUCCUUCGACUUGACACAGAUAUCGUUCUCGAAAUCCUAGAAUACGUUGCCGACAACUACCCAGCUACGCUGAAAUCUCUCUCCCUAGUGAACAAAGCCCUGAACAAUGUCACCCAGUCAAUCAAGCACCGUAACAAACGGUACACUUUUGCGCACGUUUCCAACAAGGACAGAGUCGUUCGAAACACGGAGCUCAUCUGCGGAUGGAUGAGCGAUGCGCGCAUCGUCCGCGGGAUCCGAAAUCUUACCAUUGCUGGAAAUCCGGUAACCUCGGAUCCUCCAGUUACACCCACAGAGAUUGCACAUGUCGUAAAGCUCAUUACGAAAGUGGGCGGCCUCAAGCGUCUGGAUUGGAGAGCAUGGAUACCGAUCCCACUCGAGGUUCUGGAUGCUUUGCAUAUCCACCAGCGCAAGGCCGAGUUGCGCGUCAUUGCCUGGGUACGUGCAUCGCAGGAUCUGGGUCCAGAUGAUGAGGCAGAGCUCGCGCUCGCUCAUUCUCCGGCUUUAACGUACUUCCAUGCGAGCGUGGAGCAGAACUAUCGCUGGUCCAAUCAAGACACCAGAGAUGCAACUGUGCAUCGGAUCAUUGCAACCGCUCCGAAUCUCCAAACCGUCUACUUAAGGACGUCUGAGGGCGUGUGCUGCCAGCGUUGUCGGCGGGAGAAGUGGACGCCGCAGCAGGUACAGGCGGCAGCAGAUCUCAGCGAGACGUUUUACGAGGGAUUAAAGCGCAGCACUUCAAUUCGGCAAUUGACGGCUUACGGUGACCUCGACGACUUUGUAGAGGCUUACGAGCGACUUGUCGAUCUCACGAAGCUGGAGUGUGUGUCCUUCAAGUAUGCUCGCACGCACACUCCGGCUUUCUUCAACGAAGCGCCUGCUUUACUGCAAAAUAUAAAGCACCUGCAUCUCGAUCUACUAGUACGUAAGAAGGUACUUGAUGUGGAAGUACAGGAUACAAUCAACGCCGCCCUAUCUAGAUAUCUAACGCAAUCUUGUCCACGUCUCGAGGUAUUAGAUCUCUGGAGCAAACCUUCUUCAGUCCCCUUGUCCGGGAUCCUCACGCGCCACGGCUCGACGCUAGAGCACCUAAGCCUCCAUCACCGCGAGAAGCUCCGCGGACCUCCACGGCAAUCCCUCAGCACCGAAGAUAUCGCCCUUGUAAAGAAGUCCGCCACCAAGCUGAGCCAUUUAUCCUUCGACAUACAGCGCCGUAGCCCCUCCCUUGUCUCCGAUCUCGAGCACUACAAGCCGCUCUUCGCAGCCCUCUCUGAGCUCAAACUCCGCACCCUUACCAUACACAUGGACCUUGGUUUGGAGUUCCUUGGCUAUCUAGACUGGAAGGAACCCAUCAAAGGCUUCAAUCCGCGCUUUCUCCCGCCUUCGAACACCCGCGAGUGGGCCCCGGCUUCCAGAGAGCCUUAUGCCCCGGAAACAGAUGACACCAACAUCGCUGCCUUCGUGGAACCUGUAUGGCGCUCCGUGUUUGGGUGUCUAGAGGAGGGAGUGCAGAGGCAGCUAAAAGUCCAUUUCGAGGAGUGGGAUUACUGGUGGCGGAUCCAGGGCGGAAGGAGGGUGAACGUCAAGGACGAGACCUGCAUGAGGGCUUUGUGGGUUGCUGAGGGAGGAGCGAGGAAGGGGGAGGAUGUUAAGGUUGAGCAUGUUCGCUCGGUUUAUGGGAGAGGGAAUGAAUAUCGGGUGGCUCCUUAUACGGAAUUCAUAGGUUGAGCAUUGUUGCUGUUGAAGAAGGCGAUGUUAACAGCCGGAUCGAAAACCACAUCAUCAUUCUGCGCGGAAUUCAGCGAUGACUAUGCUGGUGCCAUGGCGCCUCCUUCAAGACCUGGGUGUUUGACAA